AUGUCGCUUGGUUGUAAAGUGAUAGUCGUAGCUUUCGUUGUUCUUUUCUUUUGUGAUGGCAAAGAAUUUAAGGAAUUAAAUGAGCAGUAUGAGGAUCACCUCGACAACAUUUCCAAAGUGCCGUGUAUGGUGCCGCAGCCGAGGGCCCUUUACCUCGAAGAAAUUUUAAGUAAAGAUGAGUGGAAGAAGUAUGAAAAGCUAAUACCGAAGAUAAGACCCUUGCACACUAUUCUUUACAGAUGCGAAGGAAGCGGAGGAUGUUCAAAAUAUGGAGAAAGGUGCACAGUAAAUGAAACAGAACCAGUAAAGUUGGUAUUUAACUUGGGACCAUCUGGCUAUUUGAAGAUAUUUGAAGUGCAAAAUCACAAAUCCUGUAAAUGCGACGAUUCCAAUAAUGAUUCUCGCAUUAAAUAA